UGACUGCUACCUCUGCGCGAUGAAGUUUGGAGCGGCGCCGACCGGCCAUACUGACAGACGUGGCUGGAAAUUACUAUAUUUUUUUGCAGAACAUUUUCUGUGAGUAAAUGUAUUGAACCAAUUACGAGGUUGGCGCAAAUGAUUUUCUCCGAAGUUGGACUAAUGGACAAUCCUGCUACUGGCUGUCUAAUCUGAAAUCGGCCACAUAUGUUCCUAAAACGACUCGCCAUUAUGAUCCUUUCACUCUGGUGCAAGUAAAAGUUGUAUUUCUCACGCAUCGCAAGAAAAGGGAAAGAUACCUCACAACAAGACGGUUUGCAAUAUAAACGUUUGGAACGGGAUGUUUUAUCCCUCUGAAGUCUUAUUCUACAUCGAAAUGGAUCAAGCACCUCCAGCUCUCCCUCCCAGGUCAGCCAAACCCAUUACCUCCUUCAUGAACGACAACUGCCUAAGGGAAGCCCCAGUAUAUCCUGUGCAGGAUGCCGAGUGGUACUGGGGAGACAUUUCCAGGGAGGAAGUCAACGAGAAGCUCCGCGACACACCUGAUGGUUCCUUCCUGGUUCGUGACGCUUCCACUAAGAUACAAGGAGACUUCACGCUAACGCUGAGGAAAGACGGGCACAGCAAGCUGAUUAAGAUCUACCACCGUGAGGGGAAGUAUGGCUUUUCAGAGCCCCUGACCUUCUGCUCUGUAGUGGAUCUCAUCUGGCACUACCAGCACCAUCCUCUGGUGGAAUACAACGCUGUACUGGACGUCAUGCUCACACACCCUGUUUCCCGCUUCCAACAGGAUGAGCAGGUGAAAGUGGACAGUGUUGAUGUUGCCGGAAGGAAGCUACAGGAAUACCACAGUCAGUACCAGGAGAAGAGUCAACAGUUUGACUGUCUGUACGAGGCCUACACUAAAACCUCACAGGAGAUCCAGAUGAAGAGAACUGCGAUAGAGGCCUUUAACGAGACCAUGCUGAUCUUCGAGGAGCAGUGUCGCGAGCAGGAGCGUUAUGGGGAGGAGUGUGAGAGGAGCAUUCGAUCUAAGGGAACAGAGAAGGACUUAGAGAGAUUCCUGAUGAACUAUGAGAAGCUAAAGUCUCGGCUGGGGGAGAUCUAUGACAGUAAGGUCCAUCUGGAACAGGACCUGAGGACCCAGGUCCAGGACUACAGAGAGACAGACAGGAGGAUCAACAGCCUCAGGCCUGACCUCAUAGAGCUACGCAACAUCAGAGACGAGUACCUCAAUUGGCUGAAUCACGAAGGUGUGCAACAGAAACGCAUUAACGAUUGGCUGGGGUUCCAAGACAAUAGCAGUGACAACACCUACGUGUUGAAGGGUGAGAGUGAGAGACUGGCGCACCAUGACGAGGGGAGCUGGUUCGUGGGCGAGCUGAGCAGGACCCAGGCUGAGGAGAUGCUGAUGGACAAACCCACCGGAACCUUCCUGAUUCGCAAGAGCAGCAAGCAGGGUUGCUACGCCUGCUCCGUAGUUGUUAAUGUAGAAGUGAAGCAUUGCAUGAUUUAUAGCACGCCACGUGGCUAUGGCUUUGCUGAGCCCUACGACCUCCACUGCUCUCUGAAGGAGCUUGUUCUGCACUAUCGCCUCAACUCCCUGGCACAGCACAACCAGGCCCUGGACGUCCGGCUGGAGCACCCUGUCCACGUCACUCCUGUCUCGUCAGCCUUGCCACACACAGCCACAGAGGACUGCCUGCUACAACAGACAGAGGAACACCACCUUCUACAGACUCAAACUAAACUACCUGCUGGACUCCCUGCAGCCGCUCCGGAGAUGUAGAUUAGUCAGCUGUGGGACGUGUUUGCGGACUGUAGCUAUCCUACGAGGACUACUUGAGGGUGGACUUGUUUGCGUACUGUAGCUAUCCUACGAGGACUACUUGAGGACGGACGUGUUUGCGUACUGUAGCUAUCCUACGAGGUCUACUUGAGGGUGGACUUGUUUGCGUACUGUAGCUAUCCUACGAGGACUACUUGAGGGCGGACGUGUCUGUGUACUGUAGCAAUUUGAGGGCGGACAUGUUUGCGUACUGAAGCUAUCCUACGAGGACAACUUGAGGGCGUUCUUUUCUCAAAGAAGAAUGUGUGAAAUUUGCACUAGGAUGAUUCCAACUGAUUGGUGAAUGUAAUUUCACUUAAUUGGAACUUUGACUGGAACUUGAAUGUCAGCUAGGACUUUGUUUUUUAUAAGAUUCUGUUUGCUAUUAUUUUUUUUUGUACCCAUUUUUCAUCUUUUCUUUCAUGGGAUUUGAUUUGUUUUAGUGGGCCUGGUCAUCCGGGAGAUGACUGACUACAUAUACUAUGUCACAAUAUGUUGGUAUUUGUCAGGUGCUGUUUUUUAUUUGGACUUCUAGGGUCCCAUUUUGACAACACAAGUACUGGUGCUAAUGUAAAAUGAGAUUGUAAUACACCCAAUAAUACCUUGGAAUUUAGAAUUUAUUUCAAACAUUUUAAUUGUUGUGAUGUCCAUGCACGGAAGAUCCUAAAAGUGGAAUUAGAAUAUAAUGGUACAGAAAAACAAGAUGGCUGACUCAGUGGCAUAGCUAGCUGUGGUACACAUACCAAACAUGUUCUGGGUAUUUCAGUACAUAGUCAUUGCCAAUAUAGGAACUGAUGUGGCGGAUCUUGACAGUAGCGCUGUUUUUUUUUGUUGUCAAAAUAUAACCCAGUUACCAGUUGAUAUGUAUUGUAUGUAGCAUAAACAAUUUUCUGGAUAUCCUUAGAAUGACAUUUUCCAUAUUGUAUCCAAUAACCAAAGCACUUGCUAUUAGUGAUAAAAGUAUAUAUUCCGACCAGAAUAUUACAUUUAUGGUGAUGGCGGAAAACACACCACACGUGCUUGAUCAAAACAUAAAUUGAAGUACUGUAUAUUAUAUUCUGUUAUUCAAAGUAUAAGCUUUUUGUAUUUUUUAUAUUAUAUAUUUUCUGAAAUAUGCCACAGAAGAUGAAAGCUUGAGGAUAGUGCAAUCCAACAGUAUUUGUAAUUUUAGAAAUUCAUUAUUAUAAUUAUGGGGGGUCAUCAGCUUUUGCCACAGAAAUGCACUAACUUUUAAUUGGUGGUGUUAUUCAUCUGAUGACGUGACCUUUUAAGAACAUUGUGUGAACUGCCAGAGAUGCGGAAGUGUACAUUCUGUCUCUAUUACUUGAACUGUGGCAUUGCUCAAUAAGAGCGAUUAAUAUUUCCUCAAGACAUGUAGGCCUUCAUAGCUUAAGGAAAAUAAUACAUUUUGUUCUUGGCACAUAUGUCAAGUUUGAGGACAAAAGACACUCUGUAUUGAGAUACUGUAAAACUUUUGUGGUUGGUUGGAUGGAGGGUGUUUUAGUCUUUCUUAAAAACUAGACAGGAGCAUUGAGGAAACUCCUGGGGCGACUUUAAGCAAUGUGAGAUUCUUAAUUUUUCUUGCUGAAGACAAUAAACUGAUGAGGGUUUUGUUGAA